AUGAACACUGUCAAUAACUCGAUUGGGUUCUCCCCCUUCCAGUUAAAAACUGGCCACUCUCCAUACCUUGUGCCCCCCUUCUCCCAGGUGUUGUUGGUGGACGAUACCUCAGAUGAGGCCACACGCGCUGCCGAGCUUUUCACAUGCCUCAAUACAGACAUCAUGGAAGCUAAGGACAAUCUCUUCCUCGUGAAGGUUAACCAGGCGGCACUGGCUAACCGCUCACGCAGUGAAGAGGUUUCCUAUGUGGUUGGAGAUAAGGUGAUGCUUUCCACCUUCCACCGCCGCUGUGACUACAUGGAGCGCAGCGAUAACCAUGUAGCUAAAUUCAUGGUCCGUUACGACAGCCCCUACAAAGUCCUUCACUCCUACCCCAAAUUUUCUGCGUACACCCUCGAUCUCCCCGCGUCCACCAACAUCUUCCCCACGUUCCAUACCUCGCUCCUCAAACCUUCGCUCAAGAAUGACCCCAAUCUUUUCCCUUUACGCCAACACAGCCAGCCAGGCCCUAUUAUCACCACCGACGGCGCUGAGGAAUGGGAAGUCGAAUCCAUCAUUGACCACUGCCCUCGAGGUCAUGGCUUCUAA